AUGCAGCUCCUGGCGAGGGUGCCGUCCCUUCCGGAGCGGGGCGAGCUGGACUGCAGCAUCUGCUACCGGCCCUUCAACCUCGCGGGCCGCGCGCCCCGCCGCCUGCCCGGCACGGCGCGCGCCCGCUGCGGCCACACGCUCUGCACCGCGUGCCUGCGCGAGCUGGCGGCGCGCGGCGACGGCGGCGUGGUGCGCCUGCGCCGCGUCGUCACGUGCCCCUUCUGCCGCGCGCCCACGCCGCUGCCGCGCGGCGGGGCCGCGGAGGUCGCGGUGGACCCGGACUUGUGGUCGCGGCUGGAGGAAAGGGCACGGGCCGAGCGCAAGCCGGACGAGGCGGGCGGGCCGGUGCGGGGAGGCGGCGACGCCGACGACGAGGAGGAGAGCGAGGACGGGACGGGACCCAGGAGCGCGGGCUGGCGCGCGCUCCGGCGGCUGUGGCAUCGGGUGCUGGCGCCCGCGCGCCGCUGGCGGCGUCCGCUGCCUAGCAACGUGCUGUACUGCCCGGAGAUUAAGGACCUGGCCCGCAUGACCCGCUGCACGCUGUAGCGGCGGAGCCUGGAAGCUGCGGCAGAAGAAAGGUGGGAGCUGCAUUCUCGGGACACGCUCUAGAGCGGGGAUGGGGGGAUGCCAAGGCUACCCCCGUCCCCCUUCCCGGGGCUGAGCCCAGGGCAGGAGGGACCGCAUCGAGGCGUGUGGACGCCGAGCUGGGAGGCUUGUAGCAAAUCGCCCCUCUCUCUGCGGACUGCGCCCGCCUCGCUCCGGGGAAGGUGGAAACAAAAUCUACAUCCCCGGGGGAAGGAGACAUUGUUUCCUUAGCUGUGACUUUGGCUUUUGUCCAGGGAAGCGUGGAGGCACAGUAGGUCCUAUUUUAGCGAUUCUGUGUCCAGUGGUUGAAAAAAAAAAUUUUUUUUUAAUGUUUAUUACUUAUUUUUGAGAGGGGGACACACAGACACAGCAUGAGCAGGGGAGAGGCAGAGCAAGAGGGAGACACAGCAUCCGAAACAGGCUCCA